AUGGCUGCGCAUACUAUCUGGAGUCUGUUUAUACUUCCUACACUAUUGACAAUCGCCCUUCAGUUUUUGCGAAAGAGCAUAAAACGGAAGGGUGCAAAGAGACUUAUAAAGUCUUCUCAAGUAUUCUGGUUUGGUAGAAGGAAUGGCCUAUGUGCUGAUGCACGCUCCAAGCUGUGGACUUUUAUUAAAGGGCGACAGCUUUUUGCUGAUGCUUACUUCAAGUAUAGCAGCAAAGACUUCGUUACAAAAAUCUCAACGAUAUCUAUUCCCUUGGUGCUGGUGCCGAAAAAUCAACGCAGGUGGUUCUUCAAGGAAAGGUCAGAUGUCCUUGACCAUAGGGCGACUGGCUUCGAUGCCGUUGAAUCACUUUAUACGAUGCCAUGUGGGCACAUUCUCGACUUCCCGGCACACGUCAAGCUCAUUCAUAAAGUUCUCACCCGGGAACUGCCAAAUCUUACGGACAAUCUAGUCCAGGAGAUAGAAGAGGGUCUAUUGAAGAAUUGGGGAUCUGAUACGGAAGAAUGGCAGGGCGUUGAAGUGUGGGACACAGUAUUGAUGCUAGUGACCCGUACAUUCAACAAGAUCUCUGUUGGCAACCCUCUCUGUGCCGACCAAAGGUAUUUGAAUAACACUAGACGUUAUGUGACUAGCAUUCAUGCGAUAUCGGCCGUUAUCCGCGUGCUUCCAAGCUGGGCAAAGCCUCUUAUAGGCCCGAUACUAUCUAUUCCUUGUUGGUUCUUGUACUGGCGCGGUAAGGGAUUUGCAAUGCCGUUGAUCAAAAGCUAUCUGGAAGAGGCCCAGAUGGAGAUUAAUACCUACGGAAAAUUCUCAAACAAACGCAAUGUCUUCGCCAUGUGGAUUGUCCAGGAGGCUAUCCGUUCCCAAAUCCCGCGCGAACUGGACCCGGAAACCAUAUACGCACGAUUGAUGACGAUGAACUUUGCAGGCAUCCAUACCUCGUCCUUCACAACGGUGAAUUUGUUGCUGGACUCAUUAUCGCGACCCAAUGUAUUCAGCAUGAUGAAGAUAGAAGUUAGCACGACCUAUCAGCAAAAUAAAUGCAAAUGGACCAAGCCUGCCGUGGACAACCUGAAAUUCACUGAUAAUGUCCUCCGUGAGAGCAUGCGCUUGUCGGGUCCUAUUGUGCGAUUGAUCAGAGAAGUAAAAUCUGAAAAUGGAAUUCUGCUUAACGGUGUGUCACUCCCCAAGGGCACGAAGAUUGCUACCGAUAUGCAUAAUAUGCAUCGUGACGAAGAGAUAUAUAAGGAUGCAAACACUUUCAAUCCAUUUCGUUUGAAUCCGUUCACAGGGCGGCCCAUGCCACCUGCUGUUGAAACCAGUGAAAACUUUCUUCCAUUUGGACAUGGUCGACAUGGGUGUCCCGGCCGUUACUUCGCCAGCCAUGAGAUUAAAUUGAUCAUUGCAACUAUUAUUAUGAAAUAUAAUAUCAAAUUUUUGGACAAACGUCCGCCGAACGUAUGGAUGGGCGAUUCGAUGAUACCUCCUCGUACCAUACUGAGCGUGAAGCGACGGAGCUAA